CCAUUUUCCUCGUUGGCAUAUUAACGAACAGCUCUUGUCAUUGUUUAGUGCAGUGAUUUAACAAACAUGUUUUUAGUUCUUAUUACAAUUACAUUGGCAUUAACCGCUAAUAUCGAAGGAAAGUUGAACGCAAAAGCUAAAGCAACACCUCCGCAUUGUACGCAGGUUACUAAAGACACUGAUUAUUCAUCGCGCUACAAACUAGACUAUCCUGUAGCAUACAUUAUACCAGGACAACAUGAGGCGUAUCAACAGAUGUAUUGUAUAAAUCCACCGGCUGUGAAUAAAGCGGUAACUGUAGUGUGCGAUUGGGCCGCCCCGCCGCAGGUGCAAUUCACACUGGGCGAUGACUAUAUGCACGUGGUACGACAGGAUCCUAGCGGACGAUUCCUCGGGAACGCCGUCAUCAAUACCUACCAGUUGUGUAGCCAUAAUAUAUCUCACGUAGAUAGCAAUUCCUUGGAUGGCCCUGUUGUUACUGAAUAUUAAUUAAUGAAGGAAUGAGAUUACUAAAACUAUAUGCAAUUACACUUGCUAAAGAACUAAAAAGUAUGAUAUAAAAAUCUCGAUCAAAUAUUCUUUAUUAUGAUCAAAGAGAGAGAUUUGCAAUUACAUUAUAGGAAGAAAUAAAUGAGUUCAAAAAUUUUACAA